AUUUUUGGCUGACGUAUGUUGCAGGACUCGGUGGAGAACUUGCACGCCAUCGACAGCUGUGAAUACAUCUGGGAAGCUGGAGUGGGCUUCGCGCAGUCCCCACCUCUCAACUACAUCCAUGAUUUAAAUCGCACCGAGUUGCUGAGGUUGCUGCUCACCUGCUUCUCCGAGGUCAUGUACCUGCCAGCGUCCACCGACAACCACAUCCUCAACCCCUGGGUGACCUUCUUCUGCUCCACUGAGAAUCGCCAUGCUUUGCCGCUGUUCACCUCGCUGCUCAACGUGGUGAGCGCCUACGACCCGGUGGGCUACGGCAUCCCGUACAACCACCUGCUCUUCUCCGACUACCGUGAGCAGCUGGUGGAGCAGGCCGUGCAGAUCCUCAUUGUCACCCUGGAGCAUGACGGAGGGCCUUCCCACUGCCCGUCUUCUCCGUCCAGCGUGGAAGAACACGAGUCCACCGGCCCCGAAAACUUGUUUGUGAAUUAUUUGUCGAGGAUUCACAGAGAGGAAGAUUUUGAUUUUGUACUGAAAGGAUUGGCUCGUCUCCUCACCAACCCUUUGACUCAAACGUACCUGCCUAAUUCCACCAAAAAGAUCCAGUUUCACCAGGAGCUCCUGGUACUCUUCUGGAAGCUCUGCGACUUCAAUAAGAAAUUCCUCUUUUUCGUCCUCAAGAGUAGCGACGUACUGGAUAUUCUGGUUCCAAUCCUCUUCUACCUUAAUGAUGCCCGAGCUGACCAGUCCCGUGUGGGCCUCAUGCACAUCGGCGUGUUCAUCCUGCUGCUGCUGAGCGGCGAGAGGAACUUCGGCGUGCGCCUGAACAAACCCUACGCCCUCCAUGUGCCCAUGGACAUCCCGGUGUUCACGGGCACUCACGCCGACCUACUGAUCGUGGUCUUCCAUAAGAUUAUCACCACGGGCCACCAGCGUUUACAGCCCCUCUUUGACUGCCUGCUCACCAUUGUGGUGAACGUGUCACCAUAUCUGAAAAGUCUUUCCAUGGUAGCGGCCAAUAAGCUGCUCCACCUGCUGGAGGCCUUCUCCACUAGUUGGUUCCUGUUCUCUGCCGUCCAGAACCACCAUCUUGUUUUUUUCCUCCUGGAGGCCUUCAACAACAUCAUCCAGUAUCAGUUUGACGGGAACUGUAAUCUGGUGUACGCUAUCAUCCGCAAGCGUAACAUCUUCCACCAGCUAGCUAAUCUUCCAUCGGACCCGGCCACCAUCCAGAAGGCCCUGCAGAGAAAGAGGAAGUCGCCUGACGCCAUCUCCCGUACCAGCUCGCAGGAGACUGUCUCCAUGGAGGGUUCCCGCCCCGCCGUGCCAGCAGAACCUGGCACCCUGAAGGCCAGCCUGGUCGCCAUACCUGGCAUUGACAAACUGACUGAGAAGUCUCAGGUGUCUGAGGAUGGUACCAUGGUGUCCAUCCCCAAGCUGGAGCACUCGGAGCAGAUCACAGCCAGCGGGACCAGCGACACUGAAUCCAUCUCGGGCAAAGACAAUGAAGAUGUUUUCUACACUGAGGCAGAAAUGGAGAGAACACGUUUGUCAAGCGUCUCUUCAGCAUCACAUUGGGCUCCCACACCAGAGUGGGUCCUCUCCUGGAAGCGUAAGCUCCCCUUGCAGACCAUCAUGCGUCUGCUGCAGGUGUUGGUUCCACAGGUGGAGAAGAUCUGCAUCGACAAGGGUCUGACAGAUGAAUCGGAGAUCCUCAAGUUCCUCCAGCACGGCACGUUAGUCGGCCUGCUGCCCGUUCCUCACCCCAUCCUCAUCCGGAAGUACCAGGCCAACGCUGGCACGGCCAUGUGGUUUCGCACCUACAUGUGGGGUGUGGUCUACCUGCGCAAUGUGGACCCUCCCAUAUGGUAUGACACGGACGUGCGCCUAUUUGAGAUUCAGAAGAUGUAGACUACAGAGCGCGAAGCUGUGUUGAAGGCACCUCAUACUCCUCACGACGCAUGCCGAGUGCUCGUUUAUCAGUUAAAUAUUUUCAAUAGGCAACUCGUUACAUGUUGUUCUGACCUGUGCAGCUGGUUUUAGUUUUAGA